AACAUAGUUUUUGCCGCGAAGGUGAUCCGUCUUGUGCAGACGGAGCAAGGCGCGUUCACGGAGGUUUACCGGCGGGAUUUAACGUGUUUCUGCUCGGUUUACGCGUGUCUGAGGCCCCACGAUGUGCUGCGAGAAAGCCGUGGAGCUCAUCCGAGAGCUGCACCGUAUGAGCGACGGACAGCUGCCCGCUUUUAACGAGGAUGGACUGCGACAGGUGCUGCAGGAGAUGGAGACGCUUUACGAGCAAACCAGAGCGGACGUUAACGAGGCGAAGAAUGAAAGUCGAACCGAGCUGAUCCCCUCCAUCAAACUGCGUCAUUGCUGCCUGCUGAGGAACCAACGCUGCAUCGCUGCCUACCUCUAUGACCGGCUGCUGAGGAUCAGAGCGCUGCGCUGGGAGUACGGCAGCGUGCUGCCCGCCAAUGUGCGCUUCCACAUGUGUGCAGAGGAGCUGCAGUGGUUCAGUCAGUAUAAAAAGUCUCUGGCCUCCUUCAUGCGCUCUCUGGGGGGCGACGAGGGUCUCGACAUCACGCAGGACAUGAAGCCUCCAAAGAGCCUCUACAUUGAGGUGAGGUGUCUGAAGGACCACGGCGAGUUUGAGAUCGAUGAUGGCACGGUGAUCCUGCUGAAGAAGAACAGCCAGCACUUCCUGCCGCGGUGGAAAUGCGAGCAGCUGAUUCGUCAGGGCGUCCUGGAGCACGUCGUGUCCUGACAGGUGGCCGAGCGGAGACGAUGUAAAACCUCUGCUGUCACUUUUAAUCUGAUGUCUGAUGAGAUAAUAAAGGUUUUUCAGCA